GGCAACAUAAGCUGCCAGCUGUCGCCAACUCGCUUCUUCUUUGAACCUCAACUACCUUAAGGACAACGCAAUUCCUCAUCACUUUGAAAGUGUCAUCUACAACCGCAAACUCCUCUCAUCCACCGCUGCGCAUUCCCAUAAACCCCCGGAGCUCCACUGAACCGAGUUGUUGCCCGCUCCGCAACACACCGACCCGACAGCUCAGCGAUCGGCCUUCGCGCAGCCAUGCUUUCUGCGCAUUGAAACGUCACUUACUCGAAUAUUCAAUCGUUGCUUGCGACCAUAGAGACCACCGGCAUAUGCUCCUGUAUCCCGUCCGCUGUGUGUCACCUCUACGCUGCCGCCGGUCGCAACCAUGUUGUUCUUCGGCAGCGGAGUCUCAAGCCCGCGCCGCCGCAGCCAAGAAAAGGCCAUCCUUUGCACUAUCCUGAUCGUUUACGCGCUAUACUUCCUCUUCUUCUCCAAAAGCUCCGAACAUGCACAUAUAGAUACAUCGGCCCACGAUGCGGUGUCAAAAGGCGGACCGUUCCGCGAUUCGCGCUCCGGGCAGGCUGCGCCGUCUGCAUCGGCCGCGCGAGUGUCUAAAACCCUAGACAGGGAGAUGGUGGUGGCCAGCAUGAAAACUGACGAUGUUUCAUGGCUGUACCAGUAUUUUCCUGAAUGGCACAAGAGCAUCUAUGUCGUGGACGACAAAAAGGCGCAUUUGACAGUCAAGCUGAACAAGGGCCGGGAAUCCAUGGUCUAUCUAACAUACAUCAUUGACAACUACGACAACCUUCCCGAUUCGAUCCUCUUCAUCCACCCCCAGAGAUAUCAAUGGCAUAAUGACGAUCCCUAUUACGACGGGGUGCCGGUCCUCCGCAAUUUCCAGCUUCCCUACCUGCAGAAACAAGGCUACGUUAACUUACGCUGUGCCUGGAUCCUCGGCUGCCCGGCGGAGAUCCACCCGUACACCGAUUCGCAUCGAGAUGACGUCCAUGUCGGAGAGUAUUUCAAGAACGGAUUCAAGGAGCUCUUCCCCGGGGAGGAGGUUCCGGAGGAAGUGGGGGUCUCGUGCUGCGCGCAGUUUGCAGUCACCAGCUGGAAGAUCAGACAACGGCCCAAGAAGGAUUAUGAACGAUUCAAGAAGUGGUUGACGGAGACCAAACUCCCAGAUGAUCUCAGCGGACGUAUCAUGGAGUACUCAUGGCACAUGAUCUUUGGCAAAGGACCUGUCCAUUGCCCGACGGCUGAAGAAUGCUACUGCAGGGUAUUUGGCUUGUGUAACCUGGUUUGCCCUACCGAGGGAGAGUGCGCUGGCCGCUAUGUUCUCCCGCCAUACUCGUCUCUACCUGAAGGAUGGCCGUACAUCGGCUGGAAGGGCCAGAAACAAGACCCCAGCAAGGGGCUACCUGAGACAUAGGCGCACUAAGUCCAGUGUGAUCGCCAGGGAAAUUAUGCCAAGCAAUACGUCUCGAUCUGUGGUCAGCCUGAGUAUACACAUGUCGGUGUCCACUGCAUUGAGCAACAGACCGGCCUGUCUGAUUGAGACGGGCCAUCAAGCCCCGGUUGGAAGAGCGAAGGCCCGGCGAUUUCUGCCGUCCGUGGCAUCAAUCGCCCUCUCUCCAUCUAUGAAUUGGGGAGGACAAUACCCCCAAAGAUGCCAUCUCUGUACAUAUAUCAUACCAUAAUUGGGACCCGACUUUUUGUCAGCUCGCGCUGGAAGUGCCAGUAUAGGGACUAAGCCAUAACCCGCGCUGACUGAUGAGGUGUGGUGAUGGUGAUGCGAUGAUGUCAAAUGUUCUCAUAUGAAUAAAAAG